AUGGCACUUCCUGUGCUUGCCAUUGAUGAGGUUGGUCAUGCUGAUGACGCUACAAGUACAUACCAGGGCCAAUGGGUGGGCGGCAUGCGGCAUGGAUACGGCGUACGACAAAGCGUUCCAUAUGGCAUGGCAGCCAUCAUCCGUUCACCUUUGCGUACCUCCAUAAACUCUUUACGCUCUGAGCACAGCAAUGGCACAGCUCUGCUGACUGGCGAUCGAGCGCCUGUGGCUGGCGUGGGGGGCAUUGGUGUCCUAGCAGCGGGUAGCCCAGCCGUGUCCCGUGGAGGCUUCGUUCUGAUGGCCCACAGCGAGGCCGAGCUAUUGAAAAACAAAAAGAAGGGCUUGUUCCGCCGCUCACUCCUGAGUGGUCUCAAGUUGCGAAAAUCUGAGUCCAAGAGCUCAUUAGCCAGCCAGCGGAGCAAGCAGAGUUCCUUCCGCAGUGAGGCCGGAUUGAGUACGGUGAGCUCCGCUGCAUCCGACAUCAACUCAACCAUCAGCUUAGGCGAAGGGGAGGGUGAGCUACCGGUAGGCGAGGAUGAUGUAGAUGCCACUACAACGGAGAGUUACGCAGGCGAAUGGAAGAACGACAAGAGGACAGGCUGCGGGGUAAGCCGGCGUUCCGACGGACUGCACUACCAGGGUGAGUGGUUGGGCAACAAGAGGCAUGGCUAUGGAUGCACCACCUUUCCUGACAGCACCAAAGAGGAAGGCAAAUACAAACAGAAUGUUCUUGUCAGUGGCAAACGCAAGAACCUCAUCCCACUACGUGCCAGCAAGAUCCGCGAGAAAGUGGACAGGGCGGUUGAGGCGGCAGACAAGGCCGCCGACAUAGCGAAGCAGAAGGCAGAGAUUGCGCUCUCAAG